GAGUUUUGCAGUCAUAUCUGGAUUUGUUUCAUUUUACGUAUCAACGUUAAUUUCUAGUUUCUAACAACAUGGCAGAGAAAUUCGCCUUAGCAGCUGGACAGGAAACACACAGAUGUUUCAGGCUCUACUUGACUGUAUUCCGUGUAUCCGGCAUACCGCUCCUGUUCAACAAAGUCCCCAAAUUAUUCAACCUGUACUCUACAGUAGCAGGACUCUGCUUCUGUGUCACCUUCGUGUCUAUGGUUGCUGAUAUUUUCAUGAAAACAGAAGGCAUAGAACGUACCAUGGAAACUGUUCGAACGGCAUUCCCGAUGGCACUGGCGCUAUCGGUACACAUUUUCUUGAGGUUCCGAUGUGAAGAAGUAGGCCGAGUAAUAUCUUUCACGGAGUCCUUCACGUGGGAAGAACUGCCAACUAAAGAUCCUGAAACAGGAUCUUUAACAAUGGCUGGAUGGAUUCCGAGAGUUCAAUGGUUCGGGAAAACUUUUAUGCAGUUUGCAAUGAUAUUGCAUUGCAUUAUAACCGCAAUUCGAAUUGCAGUGCUAGACAAUCGUCCACUUUCUUACAACGCUUGGUAUCCUUUCGACACGGCAGUCAGUCCAACGUACGAACUGGUGAACCUCACGCAGUUGUUUACUGCUCUCAUAUGCGACAUCUGUGUCUUCGGCUUCAAUACAUUCUACGCCAUGUUGAGUUGCAUCGCGUGCAGUCAGCUGGAGAAGCUAAGAGCGAACCUCCUGGAUAUCAGACAGGAAUUCGGCACACCAGCGCAGGACUCGGGCGCUGAGACUGACACAGAGGAAGGGAGACAAGUCCAGACAUCUCAGCAAGUGUUCUGCCGCAUGCAGGAGCAGCUCAACGACUGCGUACGUCACCACCAAGAUAUACUGAGAUACGUUCGCAUUCUGGAAGACACACUGAAUCCAAUCAUGGCUGUCAUCUUCUUCCUGACGUUGUGUUGCUUGUGUUUCUGCGCUUUCUCCGUUAUUACGAGUUCCGGGAAUUUUCUGCAAAUGACACAAGGUGUACUUUUGUACUUCGGCAUUCUAAAAGAUCUAGCUAUCUACACUUUCUUCGCUAAUGAAGUGACAAAUCAGGCGGAGAAAGUGCGAGAUGGCGCCUGGGGAUGCGACUGGGUCGGAACUCCCAUUGCCUUCCAGAAGUGCAUCACAACAAUAAUAUCAGCCACCAACAAUGAGGUCACUCUCACAGCCGGAAAGUUCGUGCCAGUCAGAGUCCGAACCAUGGUCAAUAUGGUAAACCAGAGCGUGUCCUUCUUCAUGUUCCUGCUGGAAGUUAACGACAAAGUCGAGCGUAGUGAAGACAAUUAGUGCACAAUGACAGAAAUGGCACUCGGCACAUAACAAGCACCAGCAACAAGCAAAAUCACUCUACUCCAUUUCGAGUAGCUUAAUAUCAGACCACUAAUUUGCAUAUUAAUUAGCAAAGCUUAAAAUGUCUUGUGCAAGCAAAUAAAUG